CAUGGGGCAGUGCUGUACCCUGGGGCUAGCAGCAGUGGGAGCACUUCCUCGCUAAGGCCUGAGGGCUGGAGGAGGAGCCUGCCUGAUGUGAGCUGUAACCUUCAUUCGGGAGAAGCGGUCACCCUGUGCUAACCCUGCAUGGAGGGAGUGAGAAAGAAACACCCGUGCUUCUCUCUUCCCAUCCUCUGAUCUCCUACCAGGGCCUUCCAUGGACUGAACCCAGCUGAAAGCCAGAAGGCAGGGAGUCUGGUGUGAGGCAGUCCACAUAGGUCAGCCUUUCCAGGCACAGAGCAAGCUGGAGAAGGGUGGGGAAUAGCUCUGGAGGCCGAGGGAAGACGCCCAGCAUGGUCGCCACCGUAUUGUGCUUCCUCCCCUGGCUUCACAGACCGUCUUCUUCGUGGUGAUUGCCACAACUCCUGCAUAGACCUCUCUCCUGAGUUCAGGUCUGGGGAUCAAUAGCCUCCUAGAUACCACUGCCCAGGGGCUCCCAGGAACCCAGGAACUGAAUAUGACUUGAGUGCCUGCAGGAAAAUGAUGGAGACCUUCCCAACCCCUGAAUUCCACCCUGCCACUGCUCACCUCUCAGCUCCACUCAUGAAGUUCCUUAGAGACACAGAUGCCCACAUAUUUUAGCGGCAGUAGAGCCUCUGCUUGCUGAAAAAUGAAAGAGAUGGAAACUGAACUACCAUGAGAACCUGGGAGAUCUGCCUAUCACGGAAGAGGGCCAACGUCGUUCACUAUAGUGGCCGGUAACGUCACUUAUUCCUGUGGUUCAGUUGCCAUCUACACACUGAUGACUCCCAAAUCCAGUCCAGUCGUCUACUUGGAGAUCCAAACCGGCACGCUAAACUCUUCUUCCUCCAUUUGGGAACUGUCUUUGGACUGCUCAAGCUCAAUAUGUUCCAAACUGAGCUUACAGUUUCUCCCAUUCCACCCUCACCUGCUGCUACGACCUUCUGAUAUUUCAGUACAGGUUUAUCCCUCUGAAGAUGCAAAACGGUUUGAAGAGGACAAUCUUUCCCAAGAAAGGAAGACUGUUCUUCAACCAAGAGCAUAGGUCCCUUUCUUUACCUGCUUCUUCUCCUGCCUGGGUUAAGGAACUUUCAGCCCCGCCUCCCGGCUCGUCCAAGCUCCGCCUGCCCGGUUCACCUGUGUGCCCAGCCCCUGACGUUACUGUUCGGCUUCAGCGGCCUGCAGGAUUCCAGCUCCCGAUUGGUCUGUCUGACUACAGCCUGCGCAGCCCACCAAUGGCAGCGGCGCUGGGUGGGAGGGUGCCCACAUCCAAGAUGGCGCCCCCGGGAGUUGGGAGAGGGUGACCGGCAGCGGGGAAGCGGCCUGGGCUGGCCCUGUGAUUGCGGGGUCCUGGGGGCAUCUCGCUGGGUACCCCCCUGGCCAGCCUACAGGGCCUUCCCCGGGCCGGAGCAAUGGCCGCCGAGAACAGCAAGCAGUUUUGGAAGAGGAGCGCCAAGCUACCGGGGAGCAUCCAGCCCGUGUAUGGAGCACAGCACCCUCCUUUGGACCCUCGGCUCACCAAAAACUUCAUUAAAGAGCGGUCAAAAGUCAGCACGGUUCCUCUGAAGAAUAAGAAGGCCUCCAGUUUUCAUGAGUUUGCCCGGAACACCAGUGAUGCUUGGGACAUUGGCGAUGACGAGGAAGAGGACUUUUCCUCCCCUCCUUUCCAAACUCUGAACUCAAAAGUUGCUUUGGCAACUGCUGCCCAAGUGCUAGAGAACCAUAGCAAGCUGAGGGUGAAACCAGAGCGGUCCCAGUCGACGACAUCCGAAGUCCCCGCCGGCUACAAGGUUAUAAAGUCCAGCAGUGACGCCCAGCUGUCCAGAAAUUCCAGUGACACAUGCCUGAGGAACCCACUCCACAAACAGCAGUCACUCCCUCUCCGACCCAUCAUCCCCCUUGUUGCCCGGAUCUCGGACCAGAACGCUUCUGGGGCACCCCCCAUGACUGUCCGGGAGAAAACCCGCCUAGAAAAAUUCCGUCAGCUCCUCUCCAGCCACAACACCGACUUAGAUGAACUGAGGAAGUGUAGCUGGCCAGGGGUUCCCAGGGAGGUUCGGCCUGUAACCUGGAGACUCCUGUCGGGCUAUCUCCCAGCAAACACCGAGAGGAGGAAGUUGACCUUGCAGCGGAAGCGGGAGGAGUAUUUUGGCUUCAUUGAACAGUAUUAUGACUCUCGAAAUGAGGAACAUCACCAGGAUACCUACAGACAGAUUCACAUCGACAUUCCAAGGACGAAUCCUCUCAUUCCAUUGUUCCAGCAACCACUUGUACAGGAGAUCUUCGAAAGAAUUCUAUUUAUUUGGGCCAUCCGACACCCUGCCAGUGGGUAUGUCCAAGGAAUUAAUGACCUGGUCACUCCGUUCUUUGUCGUCUUCCUCUCAGAAUAUGUCGAAGAGGACGUGGAGAACUUUGACGUGACCAAUUUGUCUCAGGACAUGCUGCGAAGCAUAGAAGCCGACAGCUUUUGGUGCAUGAGCAAACUGCUGGAUGGGAUACAGGAUAACUACACCUUUGCACAACCAGGGAUCCAGAAGAAGGUCAAGGCACUAGAAGAGCUUGUCAGUCGGAUUGAUGAGCAGGUACACAAUCACUUCAGGAGGUAUGAGGUCGAAUACCUACAGUUUGCCUUUCGCUGGAUGAACAACCUGCUUAUGCGGGAGCUUCCCCUUCGCUGCACCAUCCGCCUGUGGGACACAUACCAGUCUGAACCCGAAGGGUUCUCCCACUUUCAUCUCUACGUGUGUGCAGCCUUCUUGAUCAAGUGGAGGAAAGAGAUCCUGGAUGAGGAGGACUUUCAGGGUCUCCUCAUGCUGCUACAAAACCUACCUACGAUACACUGGGGCAACGAAGAGAUUGGGCUGCUCCUCGCUGAGGCGUAUAGACUCAAGUACAUGUUUGCCGACGCCCCCAAUCACUACCGCCGAUAGGUGCUGUCUCCCCGCGGGGACCCAGACUGCCCCCAUCUCUGAUGGCAAUCUGAUCACUGUGGCCACUGUGCGAGCCGUGGACCCCGGCCAGGAACCACUCCUGCUGUAAAAAGCUCACAUCCGCCACCCAGGUCUUAACUUUUUGGCGUGCCUGUCCACCACUCCAUGUCUCCAGAUGGCUCUCCUGGACCACUAUCAGUAUUCCAUGACAUGUGGAUGGGCCCAGCUCUGGGAGAGGACAGAAAAGGAGGUACAGGGUUGUCUGCCCCUUUAAAAGAAACUGGACAGAAGAAGGGGAAGGCUCAGGGUCUCCAGUCACAUUGCCCUACGUGGACUGGCUGUCUCUUGCCUCCCAGCUCCAACUGAUACUGUUGCUUUUUUGUGACAUAGUUUGAUUUGCUCACAGGUCAAGAACGCCUUAUGUUUUCAGAAGACUCCUGGCCCCUCCCCUCUACCCCCAAUUCCUAGCCUUUUCCCUUCUGCCCAAGUCUGAGCCAGUGAGGGGCAGCUUUUUACGACCAUUGUUCUCAGAUGGAGGCGGCACUGAUGCUUGUAAGUCUGGGAAGAGGCCUACACCCAAGGGCUAGGAAUUUCAUUUUUCCUUUUCUCACCAGACAUCUGUAUGUGUGCCUGCGUCUGUGUGUGUAUGUGGGUAUACACACCCAUCAGCAUUUAGUUACACGUCUGAAUGUCUGUGUCCAGACUAUCCCCAUUGCAACCAGCUGGGAAGGGCCCCAGUGACCACAUACACAAGCAUCCCUUGAGAAGGAUCAGGGCGGGGGAGGGAGAAGGGGCUUUUUACCUCUCCAGACCCUUUUUCCAUGAUGACCCACUCCAAGAUAUUAUGUGUAAAUUGUGUUAUUAUGUAUAUGGGUAAAGAUGUAUAAAUAUAUGUCUUCUUUGUAGCAGAUAUGAUUUUAUAUUUAUAAUGUGCAUCAACAUGUGAAAGCAAUCUAGGUCACUAGCACAAAUGAAGUUGCCAGGCAGGUGGCUUCAGCACCUCCAGGUUGGUUUCUGGGUGCCCUCCUGUGAGGGAAGUGAAGGGGAGUCUGCUAGAGUGAGCACAGCCAAGCAGAUGGAGCUGCUUUGAAGACCGGGUGGCAGCCAACCCAAGCAUCAGUGUCUCAGAGUUUUCUCUCCCUGCCCCCCACCCCUCAAUCCCUGCCCCAGGCCUUUGUGGAGCAUCUGCCGUGCUCCUUACACGUCUUCAGCGGUCAGAGCUCCCCACCCUUCUCCCCUAGCAGCCUCCCAGAGAGAGGACUACAGAGGCAGAAGCCCUUCUGCAUGUUUUAGCCCCUGCCUUUCCCCUGGAAGCUGGGGAGGGCUUUUGUUUUUACAUUUUUAAGUCAGCAUUGUAUUCAAGACAGAAGCUGUGACUGACUGUCAGUGCCAAGGAGAGGGGUUCCUGUGUGUCCCUGGGGUUUUGGGCUCUUCCCAGAGAGAGGUGUUUGGUGUCCCCCACUGUCACCAUCACACCCCACACAGCUCAUGAGAUGUGUGACCUGUGUUGGAUGUUGGGUGUUUGGUAGUGAAGAGGUGGCAGACAGCCGGCACCCUCUUGGAAAGCCAGGCAGUUUUCCCCUGUGGGUAAGGCCCUGAGCCUGCCAGUGAAGCCCACCACACUGGCAUGUUACAUUUCUCAUCGGGAGCUGUUUCUCAGGCAUUCUUUCUAGCCCUUUCCUUUUCCCCUUCAGUGUGCCUCAGUAGUCUCCUUCACAGAGCGAGAGGGCUGUGACCCUCCCUCGACGGACUAAUUAAAGAAAGACACCUGUGUUCCCAAGUGGUGGUUUUAUUUUUUUAGUUUUUAUGUUUGUAUGGGAAAUUGUGGUUAAAGUGAAAGAAUUGUAAAUAAACAGUGUAUUUCCUCCUCCA